UGUAAUAAAGUCUAAUUAUUGCGCAAUAGGAGGGCCGAACUGGUCGUCAGUAAAAACGAGUCAGAUUUUGCUGAUAAGUAUUAUCGGUAAAACGACAACGGUCACGUCGAAGAUAAUCGAAAUCAUUCAACUACACUCUCAGCAACAACACCGCCUCCAUGACGCAGUUCAUGAGUCUCACCAAGUUUCUACCGCACGCCAUUCGCGUUCCGCCUGCAACCGGAUUCGCUCGUUUGUUUCACGUCUCCUUGAACAACAUGGUUAUCGCUGUAGGUGACAAACUUCCGUCGGUUGACCUCUUCGAGGACACGCCGGCUAACAAGGUCAAUUUGGCCGAGUAUGCCGCCGGGAAAAAAAUCGUCAUCUUCGCCGUACCCGGCGCCUUUACUCCAGGAUGCUCGAAGACUCAUCUGCCAGGGUACGUUCAAAAGGCUCCGGAGCUGAAAACCAAGGGUUUUCAUGAUGUCUUUUGCAUCGGUGUUAACGAUCCUUUCGUUAUGGCUGCUUGGGGUAAAGAACAGGGUGCUUCAGGCAAGGUGCGAAUGCUGGCUGAUCCAACUGGCGCAUUUACCGACGCCCUCGAGCUCUCUAUAGAACUCCCAGUAUUGGGAGGCAAACGCAGCAAGCGUUAUUCUAUGGUAGUUGAAGAUGGCAUUGUCAAGGAACUCAAUGUUGAACCAGACAACACUGGUCUCUCUUGUUCUCUGGCAGACCGAAUCCGCUCCUAAAGAAGUUGCAAAAAGUUCUACCCCAGAUAUACAUAUUAUCCUACUGGAGUGAAUAUAGAAAUCACUUACUACUGUUAGGGAUCCCUCGAUCCCUACUUUUUCUUUGGCUCGCCUUCCUACUCCACUCUUAUGGUACUUUUCUAGUUAUAAAAAGCUAAAGUUCUGAGAAAUUUUUGCUUUUCUUUGUUAUAUCUAUACAAGUUUCGUUGAAUAAUUAUCCAGCUUAGUUUUAAACGCUAAUAUCGAUAUCUUAAGAGACAAAUUAUUUCAUCACGAUUGAUUAUUGCACAUAAUUCUGACUGAUACAUGUUAUCAAUGUUGAAGUUAGAGCAUUUAAGAAUUUUAAUCAAUAAGAUGGCAAAUGUUCAAGUUUAAUUAGUCAUUCCUAAAAGAGAAGCUGAGUCUCGAUAAGUUUAAUGUGUAUGAUGUAUGUAUAGUAAACAAAUCAAACGAUAGGAAAAUUCCAGACGUGAUUUGGCAAA